AGCACACAGCAUUCAGCAUAUUCCUGCCAUCUGAUCUGAUUCCCUCGACUGUCAAGCAAGCAAGUCUCGAGUACAACGUCAAAGUCAAGCGUAUACUUGCACUCGGCUUCGCUCCUCAUCCCCCGCCAUCACAGGGCACAAGCAAGCAUCUUCAUCUUCCUCCGCGCAUUCAUCCUUCUCUCCCUCUUUGCCAUCAAUUCCUUCCGCCUUCUUUCCCCCUUCCUUCUCUAUCUCUCUCUCUCUCUCUCGAAUCAUGGAUCCACUCCCACGCAUUCUUGCCCCCAGCACUCCGUCCAAUGCUUCGCGCUACCAUCACACCUCGCUCGCCUCGCGCACUCGAGAAGGCGUCGAGAUCAUGCGGCGUGCAGCUGCGGAGCAAGCCUCCACCUCUUCUCGCCCUCGACCACCUCUCCCUAUAGCUGCUGCUCAUGCCCAAGCAUCUCACCCUGCUGCGAGUGCGCAAGCCAGCCGUGCAUCAUUUGCAGACCGCAUGUCGGCAGCACCACGUCGACACUCGGCGCAUCGGAACGGCCAAGAGGAUGACGAUGCAGAUGAGCAGCAGGGCGACACUCUAACAGCUGCGCGCGACGAGCGUUUGCGCGUUGUAGAGACGCUGAGGAGAGGUCCACGCGAUCUGGGCGGCGCUGCGAUGGAUGAUGCACAGUGGGACACAUUCGAACCGAAUUCGCGCACGCGUCUCAAACAGCGCCGGGUGUCGAAUGUGCAGGUGCACGGAUGGUUGGAAAGCCGUUAUCACUUGUCGCCCUCCACACUCUACUCCAUCGUCGACCCCAAACCCACAAAUCUCCACGGUGACUACAAGGUGCCCGUCGUUGGCGAAUGGCUCACCAUGGCUGUCAUUGUGGAGAUGUCCCCCGUCAAGAUCUCCAAAGGCAAGCAGUGGAAGCCGAAACCGGGCACACAGAAGGGCGAAUCGUACAUUCAUCCCGACAGCGAUGUGUCAAGCCACGACGAGGCGGAUCAGCACCCGGACGACGAGGAGCGCAAGCGCAGGAGCAACGAGCGGCGCAAGGCGCGCUACGAAGAGUGGCAUGCGAGCCAGAAGCUGAAAAAGGAGGAUAAGCGUCGCGAGAAGCGUCAGGAGAAGCAGAAGCGCAAGAGAGACAUGCAAAAAGCUGGAUUGCCCCUCAACGAGCAGGAUGACAAGAUCGAUGAGGAUGCCGACAGCGAGGACGAUGACGCCAACGCCGGCGCUGGCCGCAAGUAUAUGAUCCUACGGCUUCAAGACCUCGGUGCCGAUGCCAAAGGAGGCGGAGACGAGAUGUUGACCAUGAUGGUCUUUCAAGCCGUCAAGGAGGACCGUAUCCUGAAUCAGCGCAGCAAAUGGCGGGGAGGCAGUGGCGGAGCAUUCGAGCGGUUGGUGCACGAACGUCCAGGCGCGCUCCUUUGCAUCACAAAUCCCAGAAUUUCAAACUCAGCAGGUCUGCUUGUGCCCGCAAAGCCCGGCGGAAAGAGCACCGCUGCUUCGAAAGUUUUCAAGCUCAAAUUGCUUCAUGAUAGUACAAUGACCAUCAUCGGUCAGGUCGCAGAUUUUAACAGGUGUCAAGCAAUGACCAAAGAAGGUGACUUAUGCUCCGCAUACGUCGACGGUCGUUCUGGAAGCAAGGUCUGUCAGGUGCAUUUCGAAGCGUCGCUCAAGAACAGUGGAGGCAAGCGUCAUGACUUGGCGAACACAACGACUGAUUGGAGAUAUGCCACAGCCAGCUCCGAUCUCAAAAUCAAUCCCAAUUUUGGCUCCAGCUCUUUUGUUCGCGAUCCAGCAGAGCGCCUCUUCCAGCCUUCCUCCUCAUCAUCAGGGCGCACUGCUGGCAAGCAUGUCCGCCGCGGGCCCGCUGUGAUUGGUGAAGGCGCUUUGCUGGCUGCUUCGGAUCCGAACAGUCACUCUUUCGAUGCUGCUGCUUACUAUGGGAGAGGCAGAGCGGACAAACAAGCACGGCGAAAGAAGGCUUGGGAAGAAGCAGGUCUCAUCUUUCAACUGGAAGCGCGUCUUGGUCACGGCAGCACUCAUCAUAGACAACUUUCUGCCCAGCAGCAGCUACGAGGCUCGCAGCCCCUGAUUGAAGCUUCGCAACACGACGAUACCAUACUUGGGGGCAGCGUUGCGGCAAGAGCCCUUCUUUCAGCGCAAUCCACUCUCGAGCGCCAAAGAGAGUCGCCUGCAUUGACAAGACGGGGUGUAAAGAGAAAUUCAGAAAGCGUAGACCGCGAUCCGAUAAACAAACGUCUACCUGCUAGACAAGACCGAAUCCCAGGCCAGAACUCCACGCAGCAUGAAAAAGCCGAUCUAAUCCAAGAACGCUCGGCCUAUGGACCGGAGAUGAUCAAGCGUCUUGGCUUCGAUCCUCUGGCCGGUCGGCGAUCACAGCAGAACACGAAGAGUGCACCGAACAGCACCACUGACAACCGAAUGCGGCUCCUAGCGCGGCACGAAUCAUCUUCUCAGAUGUCGGAUGUUGCGGCUUCACAAACCUCAAAAGGACCGGAGACGUUCUCGCGAGUGGAUUCGUGGCGUGACGCAACGGCGAGACUGCGCGGCUCGGACACCACGUCCGAUGCGCAUGUACGACUCCCAGGUGGUUCAAACCACUUGGUACCUCUGGAGGAUUCAGAAUCUGAUCUCGAGAUUGUCUGAUCAUGAAUAUUUAUCAAAUGUCACAAAUUCGCG